CAAAUUCGUCAAUAGUUUCUUUAUUUAUUUAUUUAUUUUUUUUGGGUUACAGCAUCACUGAUUGGCGCUGGCUGCGGAGCAGGAGCAGGAACAGCAGCUGCAGCAGUAGUUGAAGCAGCAGCAGCUCGAGGAGCGCUGGAGCAUCGUUAUGCCGCUGGGCAGACGGCUGGCCAUCGGAUCAGAUGAGGUGGCGCGUCGUCAACGCGCCGAGCUGCGCACCACUUAUGGCAACAAGCUGUCCAAUCUGAAUCUGGAACGAUUGCGUCACACAGCAACAAUGGCAUCAGCAUCAUUGCGACGCAUUGCAUCCAGUUUUGCGCAGGUGAGCGAUGUCAAAUGCGGCGCCUGUGCGGCCCUGCCACACGAUGACAACGAGGAGGAUAUGCACGAGGAGCAUGCCGAGAUUCUCAUACGCAGAGAGCCAUUUCAAAUGGAGCCAACGACAAGCAAACCAACCACAACAACAACAACAACAACAACAAGAACAAGAAGAGCUAACGCAACUACAACUGCUGCCCCAUUCUCAGAGAGACGCCAGCAUCAUCAUCAUGAUCAUCAUCUGUGUGAGGAGGAUGUGGUCAGAUCGCGUGCCAGCGAACGUUGGGCUCAAAUCGCGUGCACCGUUUCGGCGCUAUUCCGUGUGAGGCGCAUCGAUACGGCGACUCCAUUGUCGGAGCUGCGUCGGCUGCGGGAGCAGCGCGAUCUAUUGGUGGCAUUUACGCGGCCAUUUCUCUAUGAGGAUGCCGUGCAGCCAAAAUGACUGAAAUUCGGCACAGCAAACAAAGAAACCAACUGUCAACAACAAUAUUGCAUACAAAUUGCGCGCAUUCCUACAAAAUAAAAUCGAUCCAAAUCCAUCACAUAAAUCAAAUACGAAUGCCAUAGUUGAGUGGAACCAACAACGAUAUACCCUGCAACCAGCUGUUAGUUUCUUACCAAAAUUCGUAUACGCAGAUGCAAGGUACUUGGCCCAUCUUUAAAUUUAUUGAAACUUUGCUGGCUGAUGAUUUAAAGGGAUCGCUUUAGCCAAGCCCCACUCCAUACGAUGAUCUGUUGCUGAUGAACUUUUCUUAAAUCCUUCGUGAUUUUUUAUGUUUUAUGCAAUUGUUAGUUUCUUCUUCCUUGAUCAUUUGAUGGCUUUAUUCAAUGGGUAUUCAAAUCUUACAAAAUCCAAUGGAAAGAUUGAAGUAUUCUUAAUUUUUUGUUGUCUCCUGUCUGCACAAAACCAAUUUAUCUUUUUUACCGAUUGA